AUGUUGAUGUUUGCUUGGAAUAACUUCAACAACCGAGUUCUGUUACCGAGAUGUAGGACACCUGAGAAGGACUUCAGCCACGUCCAGAAAUGGCGUUCGUCGAGAGCACGAUGGGCUUGUUCAUUUGAUGAGAAAGCCAUUGCUAGGGCAUACAUACAUGAGCACGUUAACUUACCUCGGAACGUACAGUGCCUAAUGCCUAAUGGUCAGGGCCCUGCUGACGCCGAUCUGGUCCUUAACAUCGCCCCUAUGCUAGCUGACCUGUCGGAAAUGCGAUUUCUCGGAAAACUAGCUGGACUGGCUGGAGAACUUUUUAAGGUUUUGAGCAGAAUCCGUUGCGUGGGACUGUUUUCGCAAUUGUGA